GACGCGUGCCCUUAGUCACGCGGGGGGGCAAAUGCUCGGAGCCAGCAACUCCUGAGGGCGGCGGGGGCAGCUGAAAGUUUGCCAAAGCCCUCGGAGGGGCCGGUCUCAGGGACGUGAUUGGCAGGCAGGAGAGAGAGCGAGGGCUGAAAGCCGAGCGGAGGGAGAAGGCUCUCGGGCGGCGAGAGGUCCUGCCCAGCUGUUGGCGAGGAGUUUCCUGUUUCCCCCGCGGCGCCCGGGCGAAGUUGAGUGAGUCACUCGCGCGCACCGACCGACGACACCCCCGCGCGCGCACUCGCCGGGGGCAGGAGCCGGCCUCCUGCGCAGCUCCCCUCGGCCGCCGGGGGCCUCCCCGCGCCCUGCCGGCCUCCAGGCCCCCUCCCGGCUGGCGAGCGGCGCCGCAUCUGGCCCGCGCAUCUGCCCGGCCGGCCGGCGCAGGGUCCCGAGAGGGCGCGGCGCGGGGGCGCAGCCGGGGCUCCGGGAGGCGCCGUCCGCUGCGCUCCGGGCUCGGUCUAUGACGAGCGGCGGGGGCUGCCAUGGGUCGGGGGCUGCUCCGGGGCCUGUGGCCGCUGCACAUCGUCCUGUGGACGCGCAUCGCCAGCACGAUCCCGCCGCACGUUCUGAAGUCCGUUAACAAUGGCAUGAUGGUCACCGACAACAAUGGUAUCAUCAAGUUUCCGCAAUUGUGCAAAUUUUGUGAUGUGAGAUCUUCCACCUGUGACAGCCAGAAAUCCUGCCUGAGCAACUGCAGCAUCACGUCUAUCUGCGAGAGGCCACACGAAGUCUGUCUGGCCGUCUGGAGAAAGAACGAUGAGAACAUAACCCUAGAGACGCUUUGCCAUGACCCCAAGGUUACCUACCAUGGCAUUGCUCUUGAAGACUCUGCUUCUCCCAAGUGUAUUAUGAAGGAAAAAAAGGUGUUGGGCGAGACUUUCUUUAUGUGUUCCUGUAGCACCGAUGAAUGCAAUGACUACAUCAUCUUCUCAGAAGAAUACGCCACCAACAACCCUGACCUGUUGUUAGUCAUAUUCCAAGUGACAGGCGUCAGCCUCCUGCCCCCCCUGGGGAUCGCCAUAGCCGUCAUCAUCAUCUUCUACUGUUACCGUGUUCACCGGCAGCAGAAGCUGAGCCCAUCCUGGGAUACCAGCAAGCCACGAAAGCUCAUGGAGUUCAGCGAGCACCUUGCCAUCAUUCUGGAAGACGACCGCUCUGACAUCAGCUCUACCUGCGCCAACAACAUCAACCACAACACAGAGCUGCUGCCCAUUGAGCUGGACACCCUGGUGGGGAAAGGCCGCUUCGCCGAGGUCUACAAGGCCAAGCUGAAGCAGAACACUUCUGAACAGUUCGAGACCGUGGCGGUCAAGAUCUUCCCUUACGAGGAGUACGCCUCCUGGAAGACGGAGAAGGACAUUUUCUCAGACAUCAACCUGAAGCACGAGAACAUACUGCAGUUCCUGACAGCCGAGGAGCGCAAGACGGAGCUGGGGAAGCAGUACUGGCUGAUCACGGCCUUCCACGCCAAGGGCAACCUGCAGGAGUACCUGACGCGGCACGUCAUCAGCUGGGAGGACCUGCGCACGCUGGGCAGCUCCCUCGCCCGGGGCAUUGCCCACCUGCACAGCGACCACACCCUGUGCGGGAGGCCCAAGAUGCCCAUCGUGCACAGGGACCUCAAGAGCUCCAAUAUCCUCGUCAAGAACGAUCUGACCUGCUGCCUGUGUGACUUUGGGCUUUCCCUGCGUCUGGACCCGACCCUGUCUGUGGAUGACCUGGCCAACAGCGGGCAGGUGGGAACUGCAAGAUACAUGGCUCCAGAAGUCCUAGAGUCCAGGAUGAAUUUGGAGAAUGUUGAGUCCUUUAAGCAGACGGAUGUCUACUCCAUGGCUCUGGUCCUCUGGGAAAUGACAUCUCGCUGUAAUGCGGUGGGAGAGGUGAAAGAGUACGAGCCUCCAUUUGGUUCCAAGGUGCGUGAGCAUCCCUGUGUUGAGAGCAUGAAGGACAAUGUGCUGAGAGACCGAGGCCGACCAGAAAUUCCCAGCUCCUGGCUCAACCACCAGGGCAUCCAGAUGGUGUGCGAGACACUGACCGAGUGCUGGGACCAUGACCCGGAGGCCCGGCUCACGGCCCAGUGCGUGGCAGAGCGCUUCAGUGAACUGCAGCACCUGGACAGGCUCUCGGGGAGGAGCUGCUCCGAGGAGAAGAUUCCCGAAGAUGGCUCGUUGAACACUACCAAAUAGCUCUCUCGGGGCAGGCUGCGCUGAUCUAAAGAAGCUGCCCCUGUCACCAAAGAACAGAGGCAGCGGGAAGCUGCCCCUGACUCUGAACCAAUGCUUCCUGGAGGCCCCGGGGGCCACUCCCCUCCCCGUGAGCUGUGGGCGUGAGCAGAAACACCAGCAGCAGGGAGUGGGUAUCAUGAAGCAUUCUACGCCUUUGACAUUGUCAUAGGAUAAGCUGUGUUAGCACUUCCUCAGGAAAUGAGAUUGAUUUUUACAAUAGCCAAUAACGUGCACUUUAUUAAUGCCUGUAUAUAAAUAUGGAAUACCUAUGUUUUAUAUAUAUCUAUAUAUGUCUAUAUCUAUAUAUAUAUACAGCCAUACUCUGGAAAGAGACAAGGAAAAAAGAUCAAACAUCCCAGGAAAUUGGUUUGUUUGGAGCGCUCCAGAACCAGGCACAGAAGGAAGGGAUCCGUGACAGCAUUAGCAUUUGACAAUCACACGUGCGCUGGUUCUCUGACUACACAAGGUGGGGGCUCUGCAUCAGGAGAGGGGCUCCGAGGCUCCGAGCCAGCCGUGGCCACGCUGCACUCGCUUUUGCAAACUAAUAACUCCGUGCACGUGGAAUUAGCUCCUUUUCUGGCCAGGGAGCUAAUUAGAGUCACGCCGUUUGGGGACCAGAUGCUGGGAGACUGGGUCUCCUGGACUUCUCACUUGAGCUUCAAGCCCACGAUCGGUUUGUGAGUCACCUUCCUCGACCAGCUCAGAAACCCUGUCCCGUCUCCAAGAGCUUUUAGCUUCCCAGGCUUCACGGGCAUAAAAAUCAGAACAGAUUUCCCCACUUAGGAAGUGGCCGCAUAUUCUACUAAUGACAGAUCGUUCUGUUUGUUAAUCCCCCUGCCAUAUCUAUGUUACUCUUCUCUCCUCCGACCCAGAUUCCCUUUCCUUAAAGGGAAUACGUCUCCUGUCGAGGGUUCGUUGUGUUCAUUUGCUCAUCAGGCUCGGUUUGAGUCUCCAGCUUUCUGUGCAAACGCCAAGAGUUUCCAUCUCUCUGGGCUCCUGGAUGCUUCAGUACAUGUUGGCCUAGUCAGAAGGAUUCGAGCUGCAUGACACUGCCAUGGUCAGAGCUGUUUCCUCAGGCACUCUGAACAUGUGUUUUGCUUGGCCAGCACAGCGUUGAACAAAAUUGAGCCACUUUUUAAAUAUUUGGAGAUUUUGCAAAACAGAAAAUCUGGAUCCUCCCAAGUGAAGACAGAUAGCAGAUGGUUUCCAGUUCUCCCCAGUCCACAUUAUUCACAAGACAAAGGUGUGGACACACUUUUAAAGCUGCUUUACUUCUCGCUGUAAACGUUGCCAUUUUCCACUGCCUACCCCAUCCCAGGCUAGGAAUUAAACCUGCCCGUAACCAAGGCCCCUUGUAAGAAAUGUGCGUUACGUCAGCCAUUCUCUGGCUAGAUCAUAUGAGUUUGAUUGCCUCUCUCUUCCUGGUCUGGUGUUAAGAUUUUAAGUUGGUGGGUUUUUCUGGACUGAAGGGGACCCCCUCAAGUGGUCCCAGUUAAGCCAAAUCUAUUUUGCCUAUAUGUUAAGAGCUUUCCCCUGCGCAUUAUGGAGGGGAGCUCUUACCUAGAAGCUUUUAAAAGCCAGGGUUAUCAGUCUCUCCACCAUACCAGCCUUCCCCGCCCUUUGCAGGAUUUGCUAGCAAGGACUUGAAUGUGGGACCCAGUCCCUUUUGCAUUUAGGAAGUCUGUGUCCGAAUGGGCAAGAACAAAGAAUGAGCUUUAAUACUCCAUAGGAAUUUGUUAAUCCACAAACAAAUGUUAAUGCUGCAAAUAAUCUCUCUCUUUUUUAAUGUUGUUGAAGCUACCUAUUUUCAGCCAAAUAGGAAUAUUAGGACUGGCAGUGAGCAAAUCAGUUCCAUUUGGAUUUUGGAAGGUCUCCUCUCAUUGAAGUUUUAGCAGAUAGGCUGAGAUUUGGGAUUAGAUGAACCUUGUAGGCACCCUUCUCAGUGGGGGUGGGCUGAGAGAGUUCGGGACAGUCCGUCUGCAGUACCUUGGAAGUGCCCGGAAAUUCCUUUGCACCUUAGGGCUUAGAUGCUGUCCCAAUAGCUGUUGCUCAUUGACCUCUAGUGGUGAAUUUCUAGAAUACUGGUCCAUUAAUGGGAUUUUCCAAGAUUCAAAAGAGCUUUAUCACUUCUGGGUGGUCAUCAGCAUAAACUGGAAUGUAGUGUCAGAUGAUACUGUGGCUUUUUUUUUUUUCCUUGUCAAGAAAAAGACCAAGGAAUAACAUUCUGUAGUUCCUAAAAAUACUGAUUUUUUUUUUUA